GGCUUGAAUCUGCAUUCCUCUAAAGUGGUCAUCUGAAGACGUGCCGCACCACUGCUAACCGCUCAACCUGAUCAAGCCCUCUCACCGGCUUCUAAGGGAGGAAGAAGCUGCAGCAUGUAGGCACUGCUUGGAGACCUUUUUUGACUAUUGAAAUUAUAAAAGAGAACCAGAGGACAUAUUUUUUUUACAUAUUUAAGGACAUAUUAAAAGGAAACACUUGAAAUGGUUUCCUAUUUUAAGUGAAAACUGCAUUUGACACGGUGAACGACAGACAAACUACAGGAUAAAAUAAUGGCUCAAAUGGAUCCAGAGUUUAAUGUGAAGAGCAGCAGCAUCAUCAAGGAAUGGAGUGGACAGGUCCAUCCUGCUCUGGUCGCCUCCUUUGUUUUCCUCUUCUUUCUGGAAGCCUGUCUGUGGGUCCGGAGCCUCAGGCACAAGAGAAGGCUGCCGGGACCCUUUGCCUGGCCCGUGGUGGGCAAUGCCCUGCAGCUGGGCCAGAUGCCUCACAUCACCUUCGCCAAGCUUGCCAAAAAAUAUGGCGACGUGUACCAGAUACGACUGGGCUGCAGUGACGUGGUUGUCCUGAACGGAGAGAAAGCGAUACGUCAGGCCCUGAUACAGCACAGCACAGAGUUUGCAGGCAGACCAAACUUUGUCUCUUUUCAGUCCGUCUCAGGAGGGAAAAGCAUGACUUUCACGAAUUACAGCAAACAGUGGAGGAUGCACAGGAAAAUUGCUCAAACAACCAUCAGGGCAUUCUCAUCUGCCAACAGUCAAACCAAAAAAUCUUUCGAGCAGCAAAUCGUGGCAGAAGCCACAGAGCUAGUUGAGAAUAUCCUUCAACUCAGUGCUCAGGGCCAGUAUUUCAAUCCUGCUCAUGAGCUGACAGUAGCUGCCGCUAACGUGAUUUGUGCCUUGUGCUUUGGAAAACGUUAUGGACACGACGACGUUGAGUUUAGAGCCUUGCUGCACAGGAUAGAUCAGUUUGGACAGACAGUAGGGGCUGGCAGCCUGGUAGAUGUGAUGCCGUGGCUCCAGUCUUUCCCCAAUCCAGUCCGCAAUGUCUUCAAGAAUUUCAAAUACUUGAAUCAAGAAUUCUUUGUCUUUGUCAAGAGCAAAGUGGAGGAGCACAGAGAGACCUUUGAUCCAAAGGUAACAAGAGAUAUGAGCGACGCCAUCCUUGGCGUCAUCAACCAGGAUGACAGCGGCAUCGAGCUCAACCAAGGCCACACUGAGGCGAUGGUGUCAGAUCUGAUCGGCGCAGGUCUGGACACUGUCUCCACUGCCCUGCACUGGAUUGUCCUGCUGUUGGCUAAGCACACUGACAUUCAAACCAAACUGCAGGAGCUCAUUGACAAGGUGGUGGGGCCAAACAGGCUGCCGUCACUUGAGGACAGGAGCAGCCUGACAUACCUGGACGCCUUCAUCUACGAGACCAUGCGCUUCACCAGCUUCGUCCCACUCACCAUCCCGCACUCCACCACCUCCGACGUCACCAUCGACGGCCUCCACAUCCCCAAAGACACGGUGGUCUUCAUCAACCAGUGGUCCGUCAACCAUGACCCGGUCGUGUGGAAGGACCCGCACAUCUUUGACCCCUCGCGUUUCAUAGAUGAACGCGGCUCCCUAGACAAGGAUCUCACCAACAAUGUUAUGAUCUUCUCAGCAGGGAAGAGAAGAUGUAUCGGAGACCAGAUUGCCAAAGUUGAGGUAUUCUUGUUCUCUGCAAUCCUAAUCCACCAAUGUAGCUUUGAAAAAUGCCCAAAUGAGGACUUCUCUUUAAACUCCUCUUAUGGUUUAACACUGAAGCCUUUAGAUUACAAAAUCACAGUCAAACCCAGGAGGGAAUUGCUUAAAAAAGAGUAAAAAGCCUCAAUGUUAAGAAUAACAAGGUGUGUACAAAAAUCAAGCAUUCACGUCUCGUAUCACAAUGAGUCUCACAAGCUUUAAUUAAUAACAGAAAUGCAAAGCUUCAUCACUUCUUUCUGAAAUUGCGACCAGACUGUUGUUCCUCUCAGAAUCAAAAAUAUCAGUGUAAGCAUUUAACAUGAGCCCAUUGUACAUGGCACCAGCAAGACAGACUAAAUAUAGAACGUAAUAAAAGCUUUGAUGCGGUUCCUCGAAAACCACAGUCCACAGUAAACCUUAAGUGUGUAUUGUUAUUUAAGUGAGGGUAUUUAGUGGGUGUCGCGUUGAGUUGCAAUAUAAUCUGGUGGCGACGAACAAAGUCUUGAGAACCAUGUGCCAGCUGUGUGGUCUCAACUUCACAAUUACUCACAUUUAUCUCUGUAUAUACUGUACAAUUUCAUGUUGGUGCUUAAAUACAAAUACAGCACACAAGUCAUGUACAUCCAUACUCUCCAUACUAAAUGAAGCAUAAUACCAAUGUAUUCUGAUACCUACUCAUGUAACAUGUUUAAAAGCCACUCAUUUUAUUGCUGGUUAUCCUGUCUUCUUCAUUUAGUACAUAUAAUGCAUCCCUGUGCAACAUGAUUUUGGCGUACCACAUUGUUUAAGUAAUAAGCCGUAGCCUAGAAUUGUUAAGUUGUGCUGUCAUUAUGAAAACAAUCCGGUGUGGUGCAGUCUGUGCUCUGUAAUAAACUAUUUCAACCGA